AUGAAGAUGGAGAAAGGGGUUCGCAUCACGCAGCAAGGACAUGCUGCCACGAUCUGGGAAGACAUCCACCAGUUGACCAAAGGUUUGAACAUGGAAUUUGCACCUGUAAAGUUUCCAGGAAGUCUUCAGAUUAACGACAAGAUCCAUCCCCAAUUGACAGAAAUCACAAAACAGAAGGGGUUUUUAACGUGUAUGGAAGAUAUUACAGCGAAAGGCGAUAGUACUUCAGCUAGCCUAGUACAGCCAGUAAUGCCUCAGUCUAACGACCCGAAGAAAGUCAAAAAGUGGGAGAACUUCCUUGAGAAGGGUGACGUAUGGUAUAUCUUAGACUAUUCUGGCACGCCAGUCCAGGAAAACCAAAAGGCCUGGAAAUGCAACACCAAUCACCUAGUUGAAGGUGAAUUUGCCUUCACGACAAAAAUUGUUGUUCUUCAAUUGAAUGAUGACGUCCGUCGAACUGGCAGAUACCUCACCUGGGAGGGACCGACCAAACACACAAAGGUCAAAGAUAAUGCCGGGAACAAGAUUACCGUUUAUACAGGAGAUGUUAUCCGUGACGAUCUGGCCGAAAUCCCCAAGAGUAUGGUCUUGGGAAAGUAUCCUAAAGAUCUUGAGGAGAUCGCAGGUGCAGAGAAGACUAGUUUCCCAGUUCAACCCUAUACGCAAAAGGACGGAGAACGAAAAAGCUCCACACCCAGUAAACGCCGCAACAAAUCUGCUAUUGAGGAUGCUGGACAGACGAAGAAGUUCAAGGCAGAAAAAGAAGAAAGAGACUCUAAUGCCCCGGUGAACAUGGAGGAAGAUCCAGGACAGCAUGAGGAGAACGAGGAGGAGCCGGAAUACUGCUGA